AUGUCUUGCACGUUAGACGUUCAGGCUAAGAAGAGAAUUUUGGGCAUUUUUAGCAAGUCUUUAAAUGAGUUGGACGAUGAUGUAAAGUUAAUAAAAAGUUGGCUACUCAACAAGAAUCAUUUACCUGAAAUACCCAGUAAAAAUAUGAUUGAAUAUUUCAUUGUAAAUAACCGAUUCUGCCUAGAAACAAGCAAAGAAAAAAUUAACAUGUACUACGAAAUGAGAAAAUUAUUACCGAACCUGUACAAAGAAAUCAACCCGAAAACGCCACGAAUGAAAAAAAGUCUAAACGCACAGUACAUUUUACCGCUUCCUAGACUCGUUAACGGUUUACACAGGGUUAUUUUCAUUAAAAACAAAAAGGACACCGGCCACAAUUUCGACACGCUCGGCAUGAUCGGGAACGUUUUGAACGUGUACGAAGUAAGGAUGCACGAGGAUCUCGCUUACGGCGAUAUUUUGCUAUUCGAUUAUGGAAAUUUGGAAAUUGGACAUGUCUUGAGGACGACGCCCAAUCACGCGCGAAUGGUCAAAGUCAUCUUAGAGAAAACAUUCAGCAAUCGUAUAGAAGAAAUUCAUAUUAUAAACCAUUCGUUCCUGUUUAACAUCCUGUUUAGCAUAGCAAAACCGUUUAUAAGCGUGCAUUUGCGCGAAAAAAUGCAUUUUCACGAUUCAAUCGACAGUCUGGCGUCAUUUAUCCCAUGGGAAGUCUUGCCGAAAGACUACGCUGGAGGCCUCGAAAAAUCCCUGGAUGAAUUAGAGGUAAUGUGGAAGCAAAAACUCGAACAAUACCAAGACCGUUUCGAUCAAUUGGAUACUCUAAACUCCGACGAGAACGCCCCGAACAAUCCGCACCUAAUUAUAAUGAAACCGACGUAUCCUUGUAAUAAUGCACUCUCUUACUUCACCCUAAUCUACAAUAAGCUUCCUGAAAGUUCCUUGCAAAUUUAA